AUGCCCGGCGUACGCUUGGAUAAAACCAUGGUCUGGUCCCUCAAGAACUCUGUCGAGCGCGCUUAUAUUCAGCAGGAUCUGGUUCCGGCCUACAGGGAGCUCUACACCUUCAGGCAUAAUCCGUUACGCUACUGUGCUAACCAUUCGAUAUGGGACCAGGCCAAUAAAAAAGUGUCCAUCAUAGGGUUCAGCCUGACGAAGCCGAUGAGAAGCGAUCAUGCGUGGAACGAGAAACUGUAUGCCGCAUGGGACUUAGCCAAACCUCCACCAACUGUUAAAUGGUCGAAACCUGGAUAUAUCCAUUGGAAUAUGGAUAAAUGGGGGCUUUAUACUGGCUUGGGCGAAACGGCCUACUACGGCAACUGA